GUUGGCCCGUUGUACACUGGGUGAGGGUAACGGUUUUCUUAUGUGUCUUGAAAAACCGAACCCAUUUCAAAAAACUACCUGAAACUCUAUCCCCACCACCCGAAAACCCAAAUGGGCUGCGUCUCGUCGAAGCUGAUAGCCAAAGAAAUCAAGCAAGAAAAUUCUUACAGGAGAAAGGGAGAUUACACCCACCAUGUCGUGUCUCUCACUUCCAGCACCUACGGCGUUCUCAAACUCGACAAGGACAAGGAGAGUGCUCAGCCGCAGAAACAAGAUCAGGUUGAAGUGAAGCAGAGCAUCAAAGAAUGCGUGGUCGAAGUGAAGAAAGCGUCGCCGUCUCGUGAAGAGCCGUCGGAGAUCAUUAAUGCGUGGGAGCUCAUGGAAGGGCUUGAAGAGGAAGUUGUUCCGGUUGUUGUUCAGUCCAAGAAAAGCCCUAAAUCGAGGCCUUUCGAUGCAAGAAGCCCGCUUAAGUUCUUGAAUCAAAUGAGCUCUCCGAGGAAGGUGAAGAAGGUUGGGGGGAAGGAGAAUAAGGGGAGUGGUAAUGGUGGAAUCGGGCCGUUGCAAAACAGCCCGAAAACGGUUCUUAAAGAAUGUAAUAACUUGAAGGAGAGUGUGAAGAAACCAUCUCCAAGAUUGUGGGCUUCGAUCAGGGGAAGUCCUCAUGGUAAGAGAUGUGACAGUUUAAGGUUUGAUUCUGGGGUGGUUAUGUCUAGGAGGAGGAGUUUAGGACCGUUAUUCGAUCCUGAACUCGUCGCGUCUCUUGAGAAAGAGGUGUCGGAAGAGGAAGAAGAGAUCAAGAAGAUGGUGUCUAUUUCAUCGCCCCCCACUUCACGAAAAGCCAGGAACUCCCACGAUUCCGAUGCAAUUCUUGAAGUGUACAAGAAAAAAUGCCCCCCGGGGGGUGAAAAUGCAGUUGUCAUAUACACCACCACAUUGAGGGGCAUUAGGAAGACGUUCGAGGACUGUAACGUUGCAAGAUCGAUCAUUGAAUCGCAGAAUGUCCGGAUGAUCGAACGUGAUAUCUCGAUGCACUCAGGAUUCAAGGAAGAACUCAGAGCGCUGAUGAGCUGCAAGGAGGUGAAAGUGCCACUAGUGUUUGUGAAAGGUAGAUUGAUUGGUGGGGCAGAUGAGAUGGUCAAGUUGGACGAGGAAGGCAAAUUGGGACAUUUGUUGGCCGGAAUCCCAGAGGCAGCCGCCGGCUGCGGAGGGUGUGCCGGGAUCCGGUUCAUGAUGUGUGUGGAGUGCAAUGGGAGUUGUAAAGUUCUUGGGGAGGAUGGGAAGAAGAGUGUCAAGUGCAACAAGUGCAAUGAGAAUGGGUUGAUUCAGUGCCCAUUAUGCUGUUAACUGUUCAAGUUAACAUUGUUACUCACCAUUGCACACACUAACACAUCCACAUUCGUUUCUUCGAUCUUGAACUAAUUGCCCUUUCUAAUCUAAUGGGAGAUUAAAUUAUAACUGUUCUUAAAUGUAUUCAUAUUCCCUUAGCUAAUAGCAUCUGCAGCUGUUCUGCAAGAAUUGUGUCUUUGACAUUGUUGUUUGACAUAUGUUGUAUUGCCUUGUCCAAUUUAAUGAUAUUGGC